AUGUCCUCAGCAAUUUGGUCUCGUGCAUUAAGACCUACCCAUUCUCUUUUAAGGUCAAAAGCAGUAAAGCUUCGAGCUGCUUCCUUCAUAAAAUUACGCUUUCCAGUUGUUUCUACCCUUGGUGCUAUUCGUAAUAAAGUUACUGCUGUAAAUUCUAUAUACCCUCAACCUUCAGUUUCUCCAAACGAUGUCUUUCUUCAAGGCAAUACGGCAACUUACAUUGAAGAAAUGUAUGAAGCAUGGCUAAAAGAUCCUACUUCAGUUCAUUUGUCAUGGCAGGUGUAUUUUAAGAAUAUACAGUCUGGCAUAAAUCCGAGAGUAGCCUACCAACCUCCACCAACAAUCGUUCCUUUGACUGGAUCGGUCACCUCAAUAUCAACAGAAGCUGGUUCAUAUGAUGUAACUGACCAUAUGAAAGUCCAAUUAUUAGUUAGGGCAUUUCAAGUUCGUGGGCAUCAUAUUGCAAAGUUGGAUCCUUUAGGAAUUUUAAAUCCAGAUUUAGACGGUUCAGUUCCAAAAGAACUUGAUCCGAAACAUUAUGGGUUUUCUGAAAAAGAUUUGGAUAGAGAAUUUACACUCGGUCCUGGUAUCUUGCCUGCGUUUGCUGAGACUGGAAAAAAAAAGACACUUCGAGAAAUUGUGGAUAUAUGUAAGAAGAUAUAUAGCGGUACUAUCGGUAUCGAAUACAUUCAUAUUCCCGAUCGAGUACAAUGUGAUUGGAUUCGAAAUAGAGUAGAAAUUCCAAAGCCAUAUGAUUACACGAUUGCAGAAAAACGCAUGAUUUUAGAUCGAUUAAUAUGGUCCGAUUCAUUUGAACGAUUUAUUGCCACAAAAUAUCCAAAUGAAAAGAGAUUCGGUUUGGAAGGUUGUGAGAGUUUGAUUCCGGGAAUGAAAGCUUUAAUUGACCGAUCGGUUGAUCUUGGUAUAGAAUCAAUUGUACUAGGAAUGGCACAUCGUGGACGUCUUAAUGUGUUAAGUAAUGUGGUUCGUAAACCAAAUGAAUCUAUUUUUUGUGAAUUCAGCGGUUCAGUCGAACCAUCAGAUGAAGGGUCUGGUGAUGUGAAAUACCAUUUGGGUAUGAAUUACGAUCGACCCACUCCCUCUGGCAAACGUGUACACCUUUCCUUAGCUGCUAAUCCAUCGCAUUUAGAAGCGGUCGAUCCCGUGGUACUUGGCAAGACUCGUGCACUUCAACAUUAUAUGAAUGAUGAAAAAGAACGUCAUCGUUCAAUGGCUUUAUUAUUACAUGGAGAUGCUGCUUUUGCGGCUCAAGGAGUUGUAUAUGAAACAAUGGGCUUUCACGAUUUGCCAAAUUAUACAACGGGUGGCACCGUUCAUAUAGUCGUCAAUAAUCAAAUUGGUUUCACUACAGAUCCUCGAUUUGCUCGUUCAACUCCGUAUUGCUCGGAUAUUGCAAAGGUAGUAAAUGCACCCAUCUUCCACGUUAAUGGUGAUGAUGCUGAGGCAGUAAAUUUUGUGUGUCAAUUGGCCGCUGAAUGGAGACAAACAUUUAAAAAGGAUGUCGUUAUCGAUAUUGUUUGCUAUCGUAAAUAUGGUCAUAACGAAGUUGAUCAACCUAGUUUCACACAGCCUAGAAUGUAUCAACAAAUAGCUAAGCAAACACCAAUCCUUGAUAAAUAUGUUCAAAAGUUAUUGAAAGAUGAUACAUUCACUAUGGAAGAUAUUCAGAAGCAUAAAAAAUGGGUUUGGGAUACUUUGGAAGAAAGUUAUCAUAAAAGCAAGGAUUAUAAACCUACAAGUCGUGAAUGGUUAUCCAGUUCUUGGAAUGGUUUCAAAUCACCCAAAGAGCUUGCCGAAGAGAUUACACCUGCAUAUCCAACUGGUGCAUCUGAUGAAUUACUUCAACACGUUGGUGAAGUUAUCAGUUCAUGUCCAAAAGGUUUUAACGUACAUCCAGGUUUAGCUAGAAUCCUUAAAACCCGUUCUAAGGCUGUCAAUGGAGGACAAGGAAUUGAUUGGCCUACUGCUGAGGGUCUUGCAUUUGGUUCAUUACUUCUUGAAGGAAAACAUGUUCGUUUAUCAGGCCAAGAUGUUGAACGUGGGACCUUUUCACAACGUCACGCAGUACUUCAUGAUCAAGUAAAUGAGACACAGUAUGUACCAUUAAAUGAUUUAAGACCUGGUCAGGCUCCAUUUUCCGUUUGUAAUUCUUCACUUUCUGAAUUUGGAACCCUUGGAUUUGAACUUGGAUAUUCUCUAGUCAAUCCUAAUUCUCUUAUUUUAUGGGAAGCUCAAUUUGGGGAUUUUGUAAAUAACUCUCAAUGUAUAAUUGACCAAUUUAUCGCUGCUGGUGAAAAGAAAUGGUUGCAGCGUACUGGGUUGGUUGUUUUAUUACCACAUGGGUAUGACGGACAAGGUCCUGAACAUUCCAGCGGACGUCUUGAACGUUUCCUUCAAUUAUGUGAUGACCAUCCAUACGUUUAUCCUUCUCCAGAAAAAAUGUCACGCCAACAUCAGGAUUGUAACAUGCAAGUAGUAUACGCUACAACUCCUGCAAAUUAUUUUCAUGUUUUGAGAAGACAAAUUCAUCGUGACUUUAGAAAGCCACUUAUUGUUUUUACGUCCAAGAGUCUUCUUCGUCAUCCAAUGGCACGCUCUUCUCUUAUCGAAAUGACUGGAGAUCAAGUCUUUAAACGAUUUAUACCCGAUCCACACCCAGAAACGUUAGAAUCACCUGAAAAGAUAACACGACACGUUUUAUGUUCCGGACAAGUUUACUAUGCCCUUCUCAAAGCUCGUGAUCAAAAUAAAAUGAGUCACGUUGUUAUUUCUAGACUAGAACAAAUAUGUCCUUUCCCGUACGAUUUAUUAUCUGAACAUGUUGACAAAUAUCCAAAUGCUCAACUUAUAUGGGCACAGGAAGAACCAUUAAAUUCAGGUUCAUGGACAUAUGUUGCACCAAGAAUUCGAACUUUAAUGAAUCAUUCAAAAACUCAUGAGGGUAAAGCUGCUAAGCCUGCUACUCGAUUACCUUCAGCAUCUCCUGCAACCGGUAACAAGAAACAGCAUAUUCAAGAGGAACAUGAGUUGAUAUCUCAAGCUUUAAUUGGACAAAUAAUUAAACCUAAAGAAGUUGUGUCCGGUAUACCAGUCUGGGCAUAA